AUGCAUUCCUUCGUGCUUCUUCCCCUCGGCGCGUCUCUUCCUCUGGCUGUGGCGUUGAAGCUCCCGACACUGCCCUCACAGGCCAAUGACAGCCUUCAACCAGUUGCAGCCACCUGGUUUGCGGGCUGGCACGCAACUCAGGGUUUCCCCGUGUCAUCUCUUAGCUGGGACAAGUACACGCAUGUGACAUACUCCUUCGCCGAGACAACGGAAGACGGUGGCCUGACAUUGAACGGAUCCGAGCCCGAGCUUCUCCCCUCGUUCGUCACUGCGGCGAAGGAGCACGGCGUGAAGGCACUUGUCAGUCUGGGCGGGUGGACAGGCUCGAGGUUCUUCUCGACAGCUGUUGGCUCCCCCGAGAACCGUACCGCAUUCGUAGACACGAUCAACGCGUUCGCCGAGGAGUACGAUCUUGACGGUGUUGACUUUGACUGGGAGGCGCCGGUGAACCAAGGCAUUGGCUGCAAUUUCAUCUCCCCUAACGACACCGCCAACUUCCUCGAGCUUCUGCAAGAACUUCGCGCCACUGAGCAGGGCUCUAAGCUCAUCUUGACCGCGGCAGCGGGAAUCGGGCCGUGGGCUGACGAAAACGGCGACUCCGGCACGAACAUGACUGCCUUCGGUGAACUCCUCGACUACAUCGCCAUUAUGAACUACGACAUCUACGGCUCCUGGUGCGAUACCGCGGGGCCGAACGCGCCGCUAUACUCGACUUGCUCUACUCAGAACAACCAGGGCUCAGCCGAGGUCGGUAUUCAAUCGUGGAUCGACGCUGGUGUACCUGCCAACAAGCUUGUUCUUGGUGUCCCUGCAUACGGACACUCGUUCAGCGUAUCGGAGGAGGACGCAUUGACCGCGAACGGCACCCUCAACGCGUACCCUUUGUUCAACGCGAGCUUCCAGCCUGUCGGCGAUAGCUGGGAUGACCCCAACCCCGGCCCCGACGUUUGCGGCAACGCUCAGACCGCUGAGGGCGUGUUCGACAUCUGGGGUCUGGCUGAAGGUGGCUUCUUGAACGCACUGGCAGAGCCCGCGUCGGGCAUUCACUACGAGUUCGAUGGGUGUAGCCAGACGCCCGCGGUCUACAAUGCUACUUCCGGAGUAUGGGUUUCGUACGAGAACGUCCGUUCCUUCACGGCCAAGGGCGAGUUCAUCAAGAAGCUCGGCCUGCGCGGCUUCGCCAUGUGGGAGGCGGGAGGCGAUUACAACGACCUCUUGCUCGACACUAUCCGUAUCCCUACGAUGUCGCGUGCUCUGUGA